AUGAGCCUAGCUACACAAAUAUACAACUAUAUUAGGCAAAAUAAUAGCUUCUUUCAUGUAGUCUGCAGAGAUGUUUCGAUAAUAACAUUUGAUGCACUUGAUGAAGUUUGGGAUAUUGGUAUCAAAGGUAGGAGAGACGAAGAAGAUAAAAUUCUGAGAACUAGCUCAGACCUAAGAGAAAUAGUUAGAAGAGGUUGUUCUUUGGGUAUUAAGUUUCAUGGGUCUAAGGAACAGAAGUACUGGUAUGAAUGUGGUGAUAAUGUAGUAGUCUAUUUAUUACGACGUGGACUACCUAAGUUUGAGAAUUUGUGUCUAGGAAAAGAUUUCCAUCUACAAAGUAAAAGUGAAGAGGACUUGAAAGAUGUUGAGAUCAUAUUAACAGAGAAGAUUGAUGGUGAGAACUCUCAGAUAUCAUUUUUCAGCUUAACAAAUCACUGGAUAAUUGCUUCGAAGAAUGUAACGAUACUAUGCUCAGAGUCAAACGAUAUUAAUCACAGCAUAUACUUGGAAAAUAGAUACACUGCAGUUAAAUUAAUAGCUAGAGCUUGGUUUAAUCUAAUUGAUAGUUUGCGUCCUGAAUAUAAUAUUGAACAUAACAUGACUAAUAUUAAUAGAAUUAGGAAUAUAUUGUCUGGAAAUACAUUAUUAGCUGAACUUGUUGGAAAUAUAGAUCGGCAACAUAUCGUAAACUAUAAUACAAACAGUGAAUUAAAACUAUAUUUUUUUGGCAUGGUUCCAAAUAAUAAUAACAAUAUAUGUUUCAACCCCGAAGAUUUAUUUGUUAUAUUUCCCCAGAAAUUACAAGAAAAUAUUGUACCAUUUCUAGAAAUAGUAGACAGUGGUUCUCACUCUACAAUUGUAAGAGUCAAAAAAAGAAAAGAACGAAUUACUGGCUUUAAAUCUGUGGAUGAACUUAAAAAGUCUUUAUGUAACUUACAAGAAAAAGUACUGAGUUUCAAUGACAACUGUGAAGGUACAGUAAUAUAUAUUACAAGGUAUAAUAAGGAAUAUUCUUGUCAGGUUUUGGAAGGUAUAGAUUUGGAAUUAUGUCAACAUAAUGAAACUCUUCAAAUUUUCAAAAUAAAAACCUUAUAUUACAUCUACCGUCGUUGCUUAAGAGAAAGUCUAAGGCGUAUUAUAAGGAAUGAAAUUAUAUCACUUUGUAAAUACUCAAGAGAAUAUAAUAAAAUUAAUAUGGAGGUUCAAAACAACGAAUGGAAUCAAUUAUAUAACUUCUUUUUGCUUCGUCUACCAGUGUUAACUUCCAAAUUUAUUAACACACUUUUAAAUAUAUAUCGCAAAAUUCUACGUUGUAACUGUAAAGUAACCCACAGAAUAAAACAAGUACUACUUUUCUCUGAAACAAAUAUUUAUAAUUAUAUACUCUUAUUUCAAACUUGUAUAGUACGUAUAACUUCUAUUGUAUUUAUUGGGUACAGAUAUAUAGAUAUUGAUUACUUGCAAUUGGAUAUGAACUUAUUCAACUACUUUUGCACAUUUAUCAAAAGUGUUGAGGAAAGUGUAGCACAAAAAUUAUUUCCACUAAGAAAUCUCGAUCCAAAACUUAUUCCAGAUAAAAAUAGUUAUGCAAUAGAAGUAUAUAUACCUCCAUUUUAUAUACCCUGGAAAUAUAUAAGAAGUAAAUUGGCAGAAAUGCUAUUAGUAUCUGAGGAAACACUUGUUUUGAGUAGUCAAUGUUAUCUGACAGGUACUAAACUUGGAAUUGAAUCUCAAGAUAGAAAUAUAUCUAAUAAUAUCAUUGUAAAUAUGCACCAUCUAAAUAAAAAGUCAUCUAAAAAUCCAAAAGUUCAAAUACUGAAUAUAGCAUGUUUAGGCGAUGAUUACUCAAAUGUAAAUAACUUACUAAAUGGCAAUAUUCAAUUUUUGAAUAGAUGUUUUUAUAAAAAUUUGACAAUACUUAAUCAUUCAGAAACCCCUUCUAUUACACAACUCCUUAUAUCUAAAGAUUUACCAUUUUUGCAAACAGCUAACAUUUUAUCUAGAUAUAUCAGUGAAAUUUGCAAAAUAAUUGGUUCAGAUCGAGCAGUGAGCAAACAUAUACAAAUAAAUACUUUAUAUGCGAAUAAAAUAAAUAUUCCUAUUACUUCAGAUAUUAAGACAAUUUCGAGUAUAUCGGAACUUACAAACUAUAUGCCAUGGAACUGUCAGACUAUAUCUGACUUUCUACCACCAGAUUAUGCUUUAAAUAAGAGGGACUUCCAAUUACUAAUAAAGUUGAGUUUCUUAGCAUCUGACAGAAUAUGUUCAACUGCAGAACUUUACCCAAUUAAAAACUUCAAUAAUGGAUUUAUUCACUGUUUAUCUGGGUAUUCAACUGCUUCUAAUAGACUGAGAUCUUUUCAAAAGUUAGGCCAUAGUGAAAAUUCUCAUACUAUUGAGUGUACGGUGAUAUUACCCUGCGGCCUACCAGGAAGUGGCAAAACCUCUCUGCUAACUGAAUUUAUGAAGCAGAUUUCAACAAGCAAUAAUCCAAUACAUAUGGAGACACUCACAGUAAAUGCAGAACUUUUAUUUAGUAGUAUUGAAGACUGUAUAGAUGAUGCUAUUUAUUCAUUAGCUGUACUUCCAAGGGAUAAUGAAUCUCUAAUAUCUGUAUAUUCAUAUUUUGACUUAGUUCUCUAUGUAUCAAGUGAUGGCUGUACUAAAGGUGCUUUUAAUGGUGUAAAGCCCUUCUCUAAAUCUGAAUCUAGUUCAAAAUAUUACUCAAAAGUUGGGAAUAUUGCUGGGAAGUGCUGUAAUCUUUCAACUGACAUUUAUGGUCUGAAUGAUGGCGAAUUUCGUAAAUAUUCAAGGAAAGGGAAAAGAAUGAUGCAUUCAAUUGUACAUAGUAUAUUAUGCAAAUGUCUGGAUAUUAAGUUUGGAAAAAUUGAGGAUAUAUGGUGUUUUAAACUUAGUGAAAUGUACUCUCAUGAUUAUAAGAUAAAAGCACUAAUUAUAAUUGACGCCAAUAAUAUACCAGAUAUUUUGAAGUUACAGAUGAUUCAUUAUAACAAUGAAUCUUAUCAGAAUGAUAUACUGUUUAGAUUUAUUGCUAUGCUGACUCCAUACCCUGAUAAUAUAGAUAAUGCGACGAAAUAUUUAGGAUGUGAACUUAAUCAAACUUCUCUUGAUUCUUUGAAUUUUAUAAAUAAGGACGAUGAAAGUGAUUUUAUUGAAUGUACUGCGAAGUCUUCGAAGAAUGAGUGGCCAUAUAUUUGGAGUCCAGAAGUUGUAAUUCAAUGCAUUAUACGGAUUGCAAACAGACAAUACCAUCCUACUUUAAUGGGUCUUACACAGAAAAAUAUCGAUAUACUUUUAUGCUUCUUGAACUUGUACUCCAAAAAAGUAUUUGUCAAAGACAAUACGAAUUUAAAUACGGGAAAUAUGUUUCAAUUGUCCAAAGAACUUUUUGAAGUCUUGAAUUUUGAUGGCUACAUAUCUAUUGAUACCUUUUCAAAUGGUGAUUCAGAUAUGAUACUCAAAUCUAAUCUCACUAAAAAAGCAAUAUGUAUAUUAAGACGAAUUAUUCCCAACAUAAAAUUGCUCAGAAGUAAUAGCGAGUUGCAACUACAGUUUCAAGACUUCCUAUCAAUUAUUAGUAAGAUUUCCUCCAGAAUUUCAUAUUUUCCAUCAAUAAAAUUAAAAUUAGAAGCUUUUAGUAAUCAGUUAUUUAAGAUAGUUAGUAUGCCAAAAAAAGUAAAUACAGCUAAAGAAAAUUAUUACACUGGUACCUAUAGUAUGAACCGUGAAAUAAGUCAUAUAAAAAGUGCAAAAGUGUUUGUUUUAGAAGAAGAUUUUGACUAUGCCGCAAUUUCAUUAGUAGAUAAAUCAAUACUAAAUAAAAUAAGAGAAAUAUGGGUGCACUUCUGUCAAGAUUUUAAAUUACCAAUAGAUAUGAAACAAUACGAAUUAAUUAGAAAACACAUUACAACAUUCUUUUUUAAAAGUAACAAUCUUGGAAACAUCAACGGAGGAAAUAACAAGACUAGUCCUGAGUUGUUUAGUUUAAGUAAUUCAAAAUUAAACCACCUUGCAGCUCUAAUAUCUAUGUCCUUUUUUAAUGAAGUUUAUUUAUUUCGGUGCAUAUCUCUUGUGUAUGUUCCAAUAUGGGGCUUAUCUUUUAUUGUACUUGAAAGUCAACAAGAAUUCCUAAGUAUACCGAAUGAUUCUAAUAACUUGAAUUCCGAAAGUAGAUACUUAAUGGAAGUAAAGAUACCUACAAAUAUAUUCAUAAGGAAAUACUUACCAUUUAGAAUGUAUGGGGUUCCUCAUAUUACUCUAAUCUCAACUAAGGUAAAACCAGUCACCUCAAAUUAUGUUAUUCAGAUUUUAAAGCGAGAUUUACCACAUUUAGUAAGUAAAAGUGAAGGUGAUUGUAUUUUAAAUAGCUCCUUUAUCAAAAUUAAUGAUGAGUUAGUGGAAAUACAUUCGAAGCAUCUAUGGAAAGAAAAUAUCGAAAUAAAAGGAGCACUUAGACCAUUUUAA